AUGUCAACUGAUAGUUAUACACCUUCAAAAGAACCAGAUUCAAAGCGUUUCAAGCCAAACGAACCGCAAUUUUCAAGAAGACAUGAUAGUUCCGCACGUUCAACACCUUCAUCAUCUUUUGUAAAUCAUGAAAAGAAAACCCCAUCUUGGUUGAGAAGUAAUCAAAGUGAGAUAAAUGGCAAGUACGAUAAAUAUGGUGAACGUCCACUGUCUCACUCCAGUGCAAGUUCUACUGAUGAUAGAGUAAAUAGAUUGAAGCGAGCACGUGAACUGCAAAGACCACCCGAUAGAUACCGCCACCAAGAGUCUGGAGAUCAGAAUGAAGAAGAGGAGACGGAUGAAGGUAUUUCGCCGUACAUCAAUUUACAAGUAGCUAAUCCUUCAGCAUAUAAUAAUGAAGGAGAGCCUAGGUACCAAACUUUCCAGAGCAGAAUUUCCAAUAGAGAGUACAGAGAUACCAAUAGUAUUGUUAGAGCCCAUUAUAAUCAAAGAACUCAACAAGCCAAGCAGCAAGGGUCAAGAGUAAACUCGCCGAUUUACAAGUUAAGGAAUUUUAACAAUGCCAUCAAGUACAUACUAUUGGGAAAUUGGGUAAAGAACCAUCCUGAAGAGUCUGAUUUGUUUUCACUUUUGGAUUUGUGUUGUGGUAAAGGUGGUGAUUUAAACAAAUGUGAGUUUGUGGGGAUUGAUCAAUACAUUGGGAUUGAUAUUGCAGACCUUUCAGUUAGAGAGGCAUAUGAAAGAUAUUCUAAACAAAAGGCCAGAUUCAAACAAGCGAGUCGAAAUUCCAAUCGAUACAACUUUGAAGCAUGCUUUGCAACUGGGGAUUGUUUCACACAAUUUGUGCCUGAUGUUCUAGAACCAAAUUUUCCUGGUAUUAUCAAUCGUGCAUUUCCGGUGGAUGCUGUUUCUGCUCAAUUUUCAUUGCACUACUCGUUUGAAAGUGAAGAAAAGGUGCGUACAUUGUUAACGAAUGUGACUAGAUCUUUGUGUCCUGGAGGUACAUUUAUUGGUACGAUUCCAUCGUCUGAUUUUAUAAAGUCCCAGAUUGUGGAGAAGAAAUAUACUCGUGACGAUAAAGGAAAGUUGAAAUUUGGUAAUAGUUUGUAUUCUGUGACAUUUGAAAAGGAUCCGCCAGAAGAUGGGGUUUUCAGCCCUGCUUUCGGUAACAAAUAUAAUUAUUGGUUAAAAGAUGCGGUUGAUAAUGUCCCUGAAUAUGUUGUUCCCUUUGAGACAUUGCGAGCCUUGUGUGAAGAGUAUGAUCUUGUGUUGAAAUAUAAAAAGAAUUUUAUCGACAUUUUCAAUCUGGAAAUCCCAAAGUAUUUCAAUAAAUUGAACAAGAACUUGAUUGAAGGGAUGAAACGAAGUGAUGGAAAGUACGGAGCUGAAGGGGAUGAAAAGGAAGCUGUGGGGUUCUAUAUAGGAUUUGUAUUUGAAAAAGUCUAA